AUGGUUGGAAACGGCAUGACUGACACCCCGUUGAAUGAAAUAAGCGAGGCCAUUAUUUGCAGAAACAUCUUUGGCCAAGUCCCAGAUCCAGCGUCCGAUCCGCGCUGCAAGGAUAGUCAGGUCCAGGCCGAGCUGGCCCUGAUUAGCGGCUGGGAGCUCACCUUUGGCCUCAUCCCGAGUCUUGUCGUCGGCGUGCCUUUUGGCCUGGCCGCUGACAAGUACGGACGCAGAGCAGUCAUCCUGCUGACUAGCGUUGGCGUUGUUCUUUCCACGCUCUUGACCAUUGUCAUUUGCCGGUAUCCGGAAACGUUUUCUCUCAGAUUGAGGUGGCUCGCGCCGAUACUCAUGCUCAUUGGUGGCGGCAUGUUGACACUCUCUGCCAUGUCCUAUACCGUCAUCGCAGAUAUUUCGACAAAAGCAUACAGGUCUACCGCCUUUUUGUGGAUGGCCACAACAGUAACUGCCUGUAGCCUUGUGGCGAGUCCCUUGACCUAUUUCAUGAUGAAUGAAAUGGGUGCCUGGUUCACUCUCAUCUUUGGGUUUGCGUUGAUGACUCUGGCCAUACCAAUUGCUGCGUUCGUUCCAGAGACCAGACCCGCUGCAGUUGUUCGACGGGCAGAGACAGCUUGCAAGAUUGCCGAGACGAAUUCUCGCAUCGAUAACCAUAGUCCACGCUGGAUUUCCCGGUCCUAUGUUCGCUCUACAUGGCAGCAUCUGUCUCUCAUCAACCGCACGCUGUUUGCUGGAAACCCCACAGUUGGACUGCUCAUAUCUAGCACAAUAUUCAUCACUGUAGGCAAGAGUGUAGUCAUCAUGCUGCUACAGUUUUGCACUGCUUCGACGGCUAACCUUGGUAUUUGUUCCCAGGCCGGUCUCCUCAUCGGGGUAAAGCAAGCCACUAGCCUCACCCUUACAGCCCUUGCGCUGCCCGCACUGAGCCAGUUCCUGUUAAGGAUUGGCAUGGCGCCCCUCGUCAAGGACUGGUGGAUCGUGCGGGUGAGUGCCGUGAUUAGUGUCGUCGGCUCACUUGCAAUGGGAUUGGCGCAGACAGUACAGCUCUUCAUUGGCGCCAUGAUGUUUGCAGAAUGUGGCAUCGGCUUACAGGCUGCGCUGCGCGGUCUUGUGACGGAGCUCAUCGACGAGACACAUAUUGCGCUAGUCAUGACGGUGCUCAGCCUGUUCAUGACGAUUAGCGAGAUGGUGGCUGGGCCUCUGAUGGCGCAAAUGUUCAAGGUGGGCAUGGACUGGGGAGGGGUUUGGGUUGGUAUGCCUUAUCUUGCCUCUGCGGCAAUGCUAUCAGUAGGCGCGGUUUUGGUCAUGAUUCCACCAAUUGUUCGGCAUGUGGCAACUUCACCGGCCGUUUAG